AUGCACAAGAUAUCCACCACUACUACUGUCGCCAUAAAGCUCAUCUCUAGUACAACAAACGACUUAGGAGAAAAAGGGUUCAUUGCAGAAGUUCAAAUGCUUAGCAAAUGUAAGCAUCCAAACAUAGUAUCUCUUAUUGGCUUUUGUGAUGAAGGACCUCAAAAGAUCCUUAUCUACGAGUAUGUUCCUAACGGAAGCCUUGAUGGUUAUUUGGAGCGCUCUUAUAGAAUGACUAGUCUUACUUGGGGUCGUCGUAUACAAAUAUGUCUUGAUAUCGCAUGUGGAUUGGACUAUUUGCAUUCUGGUUUGAAUGGCAAUGAAAUAAUUAUACACCGUGAUAUAAAGAGCGCUAACAUUUUACUAGACGAUAACUUUAGGGCGAAGAUUGCUGACUUUGGGCUUUCUAGAUUAAACAUUAUAAAUUCAAAAAAUAGCACCAUCAAUACUGUUAACCUUGCAGGCACAGAAUUCAAUGAUAAAAGUUACAACACCGUUAAUGAGAAGGGACUUCCAUCUUUAGCACGCCGACUCUUCAGGGAAGGAAAAUCAAAGGAAAUUGUCGAUCCUAGUAUAAAGGACACAGAUGGAAGUGUUUUUUCACAAAGCAGAGUUGCUGAUCAACAUUCUUUGGACACAUUUCUAGAUAUCGCUAAUCAAUGUUUGGCAGAAACUCAAGAUGAGCGUCCAACAAUUAAAGAGGUCAUCGAAGAACUUGAAAAGGCGUUAAACUUUCAAAAAAACAACCCGGGCAACCUCCAAGUUUUGCUUGAAGACAUAAAUGUGGCCACACAAAGCUUCAGUGAUUACAAUUGCAUUGGAGAAGGAAAAUACUGGAAGCUUUAUAAAGGAGAAGUUCUCCAAGCUAUGUCUAAUGCUAAAGGAUGUACGGCCGUCGUUGCAAAGCGAUGGAACAAGUCUGGUCAAGGAAAUCAGCUCUUUUCUAGAGAGCUUGAAUUUGUUUUCAAGAAUAAACAUGAGAAUGUCACCAACCUGGUCGGUUAUUGUACUGAAAUGGAAGAAAAUAUUAUUGUUUAUGAGCAUUCAUCAAAAGGAAGUCUUGAUAUGCAUUUGAAAGACAUUAGUCUUACGUGGAUGGAACGCCUCAAGAUUUGCAUCGAUGUUGCAAGAGGAUUGGAAUUUCUUCACAGUUGUGGUGGACCAGAAGAGACGGUGAUGAUGCACGGAGACAUCAAAAGUGGUAGCAUUCUAAUAGAUGGUGACCGCAAGGCUAAAGUUUCUAAUUUGGAGCUCAUUUUAUUAGAACAAUCCAAUUUGGAGUGGUCCCCGCUAACCGUUACAUUUAGACAAAAUACGGAAUCUGAUGAUAUAUCAAGACUAGGUGAACUCUUACUUGAGGUGUUGUCCGGGAGAUUGACAUCGGAAGAUCCAUCUAAGCUUUUAGUUCCUUUGCCUAUGAAGUGGAAUGUGACGGCACACGAACUUGAUGAGGUGGUGUUUGAGGGUAUAAAGGACCAAAUCGAUCCUUUUUCAUUGAUUGCAUUCACUCGUGCUGUCGGUUUGUGCUUUCAGAAAAUUAAGUCAAUAGGUAGCUUGGUAAAACAAAUCGAGGAGGCACUGGAAUAUCAAGCACAUUUCAUAAGUCAUAUAGCUGAGAUUUCAUUAAAGAAAAAUAUUGUAGUGUGA